AUUCGAUUAAGAUUAGGAUGUUGAAUAUAUUACACACUUAUAGCAUGAGUAAUAUUUUUAUUAUCUAAGUCGACUAGCGCCAACGAGUUGGUUUCCUGGUGCCUGCAGUCACAAUUCACUAGUUAGCCUUAUAACACAGGCCUAAGGCCUGUCCAUUAUCAGUCUAUCGUACUGACGACCAAUAAGCUGCAUUGAAUCAGCAUCCCGAUGAUCCUCUCGGGGGAGGAGAUGUUUUUCUCUCAAUGUAUAGUGACUUCCAUUCUUGGCAGAAAUAGGACUUUCAAAUGGGAAUGAUCGCGAACUCCCGAACCAUUCGUAACCGAGUAACAUAGCUGAUGGUUAACGGAUGGUUCAUAGGUAAGGUCGAGUCUCGACAUCCCGCUCCUCAGACCCGGGUCUGUCCCAACUCUUUGACUUGAAUUUUCGAACUUCACUUCAACUGGGUGUCGAAUUCCCCAGCGUUCUUUCACUAUGUUCGGACUUGGGAUUGACGUCCUGCUACUGGCUUCCGCCGCUGGCGUUCUCUUCUCGCCCGUCUCAGGCUCAUUUGUCCCCAUCCAUGAUGUUCAUCUAAGACACAUGCUGAGUUCGCGAGACGACAAUGCGCAGACACAGCUCUUCAAUUUCACAGGCGUGAAUGGAAUAUCGGAAAAAUGCAUCGCUGCCAUGCAAACGCCUGUGUCCUGCAACUCUGACGCCAUAGAGCUGCUGCUGUCAAGUCAAGGACAAGCCAGUGGCAACGGCGCAUCAGCAAUAAAGCUAACGGCUGAUGACCUGAAUAACCUCUGCACCUCAUCAUGCGCGGAUUCGCUUGCCUCAAUGAACUCUGCUGUCAGUAAGGCGUGCAGCGAUGAUGUCCUUUCGCCCCCGCAGUCCAAUGGCACCACCUACAUACCAGGCACAGAUGCGCAAGAGGGUUCCAUGUUCGGCGGCAACAACGAGACCACUUUCGGUCCAGCCCUGGCUGUAGACCUGGUGCUCGCCAGCUACAAGAUGGGCUGCUUGAAAGAUAGCGCAGGAGGCAAAGACUCGACGGCGUGGUGCCAAUUGCGCUUCGCCCAAAACCUCACGCAGCCAUGCGACGACUGCGAAUUGGGCGCGUAUCGCGUCCAAAUGGAGGAUACGCCUGGUGGCUAUGACUCCCAGCUGGCGGAGCAAUACACAUCCACCGUCUCCUCUUGUGGGAAGUCACUGACGCCCAUUGUCACGCCCACUAAGACCGGCGGCGGCUAUGCUAGCUCACCUACCGCCGAGCCAAACGGGACGCGCUCGUGUUCGGGCACUAUGGUGCCUGUUACGAAAGACACCAAGUGUGACGACUUUGCGCGCGACAACGGCAUUAGCACCGAGCAGUUGUUGUCGCUUAACGGGCUCACCUCCGGUUGCGUGGGAUUUCCCGGCGACCGGAAGUCUCUCUGCGUAGAGGGCAAGUGCAAGACGUACACGGUCAAGGCCAAUGAUACAUGCACAACCGUUAUCAAGUCCGCCGGUAUCUCAGCGAUACAAUUCCUGUCAUGGAACCCGAUGCUCGGCACGCGAGGUUGCAAUGCCGAUCUCAAGCGUCAGGUUGGUCACGUCGUGUGUGUCGGCAACCCGCUUGCAUACGCCACGCCAACUGGAGGCGAUGGCAGCGUGACUUCUACUAGCACCUCAACGAGAACUGCGUCAAGUUUCGAUCAAUACGAAGACGUAUCAACCAUCUGGACGCAUGAUCCGCUGCCGACGGACACGCCGACUAACACCUCAACCGGGGCCACGCCUUGGAAGACCCCGACGUAUGACCUAGCAACAGGCUCGAUUCCGGGAUGCUACUACAUGUACGACAACGCGAUCCCCAACCUCAGUUGCUUGGCGAUUGCGUCGCGGUACGGUGUAGAGGAGGAUACAUGGGUGAGCUGGAAUCCGAGUGUGCAGAGGGACAACGGGACCGGAGAUGGAAACCAGACCUCAAACGGAAAUAACUGCUACCUAGACGUGAACAAGAGGUACUGCGGCCUAUUCUGGAACCCGCUGCUAGCUACACCCACAAACAACACGGACUCUCCCUAUGCGCCCAAGCCAAAAGACGCCACCGAGGGAGCGACGGACAAGUGCUACAUGUGGGACCAGACGCCCGCAGAAACAACCGACAACCUCUGCGAGAUCUGGACAAAGGCAGAAGGCAUCACCGUCGCCCAGCUAUACGCCUGGAACCCCGCCGUCGGCGACCAAUGCCAAAACCUCUGGCUCAACACAUCCUACUGCGUCUCAGCCGACGAUCCCAAACCCACUACUACCACCACCAGCAGCGCGCCGCCACCAACCUCCACUGGCGUCACGCCGCCGGGGCCAACACAGUCCGGCAUCCCGGACAACUGCAACAAGUACGCCCUCACGCAAGACGAGGACGGCUGCGAGGUCUUUGCGAAGAGGAAUAAUAUUACGCUUGAGCAGUUAUAUAAGUGGAACCCGGUUCUGAAUAACAACUGCGAACAUUUCUGGGGCAAGGAGGCGUAUUGUAUUGGCGUGUCUGACUGAGGCGGGUGUACAGGCACAAGCCCCUACUAGGUAAGUGGUGGCGGCGGCGGAGUAGCACAAGAGUGCACCGUCAAUCGGCGGCAUGGGGCUCGUUUUCCUUCUCUAGUUCUCCCAUCGUCGUGUGUACGUAUUAUCUAAUACACGUAUUUUUAUAUCUUGACUUUCGCAUUGGAGGAUUCAAUUGCAUAUAGUGAUAGAAAGGUUUGAUAUAGAUCGCAGAGGUAUUGAUAUUUGGGAUCUUUGAAGCCUGUCGAGUAUUUCCAUGACUGAAUCCAGA